AUGGGUUUAUUAUCGAUAUUGAGAAAGUUAAAAUCAUCACCGGAAAAAGAAUUAAGAUUAUUAUUAUUAGGUUUGGAUAAUGCUGGAAAAACGACAUUAUUAAAAGCUUUGGCUUCGGAAGAUGUGACUCAUAUAACACCGACACAGGGUUUCAAUAUAAAAUCAGUACAAAGCGAUGGUUUUAAAUUAAAUGUUUGGGAUAUUGGUGGACAAAGAAAUAUAAGGCCAUAUUGGAGAAAUUAUUUUGAUAAUACUGACGUACUGAUAUACGUUAUAGAUUCGGCGGAUAGGAAAAGAUUAAACGAAACAGGUUCGGAAUUAACAGAGCUUUUAGAAGAAGAUAAAUUAAAAAACGUACCAUUAUUAGUUUAUGCAAAUAAACAAGAUUUAUAUCAUGCAGCAAGUGCUAGCGAAAUCGCCGAAGGUUUAGGUCUUCAUAGAAUAAAAGAUCGUGCCUGGCAAAUACAGGCAUGUUCGGCAUCCGGAGGAGAAGGGAUUAAAGAUGGAAUGGAAUGGGUUUGCAAAACUGUUAGAAAAAAAUAA